ACUAUACCGUGUGUCCGUUCUCAAACUCGAACAUAGGGAUUUAACAUGGAGUUGAACGUUUUUGCGGAUUUCUGCUCGCCAACUUAUUCUACAGAAAAGGUAAUGGUAUCAUUGGAAAGAGAAAAUUAUUGCGCAUCCACUGAUACUAACAACAAGACUAAAAAUUGAAAUUGUAAUGAAAAAUUUUAAAUCGUUUUGAUUAAAAAUUCGACAGUAUUUUCCAAAACAUAGUAGGCUUGAAACAGUUUGUUUAUCAAUAAAAAUUUGACGUUUACGCUUUUGUGAAACUGAAUUUACGGAAAGAUGAAUAAUUAUACCAACGAAGAAAGAGUUUUUAUGGUAAAAACCUUUUAUAGCGGUGUUAGUUUGCGAAGAGUUCGAGAUUUGUUUGCCGUUGCGUUUAAUACGAGACCGAUACCAUCAGCAAGUACCAUACAAAAAUAUGUAGAAAAAUUUGAAAAUCAGGCAAAUAUUUCAGUAGAAUCAGAAAGUAGGGGUGGAUAUCGACAAGGGGAUGACCGCACAGAAGAGCAAGUUUUGGCGAUGAUAAAUGCAGACCCAACGUACAGUUUGAGGCAAAUUUCCCAUGAAACUGGUUUAUGUAAGUCGCGGGUAUGGAUGAUAUUAAAGAAAUACAAAUAUCACCCUUAUAAACCACAAUGUCAUCAAGAGAUUUUUUAUGUUGACGAAGAAAGUAGGAGUGCAUUUUGUUAUGAGAUACAAGAGCGCGCUAACAACGAUCGCCGCUUUCUAUCGUCGAUAUGCUUCACAGACGAGUGUACCUUUACCCUCAAUAAUGAACCCAAUGUUCAAAACACACGUCAUUGGGCUCAGGAAAACCCUAGGCUUAAUAUUUCAACCAGAACUCAGUAUCCUCAAAAAAUUAAUAUCUGGGCUGGGAUUUUUAAUCAUAAUAUUAUCGGCCCAUUUGAAAUUGAAGGAAACUUAAAUUCAGAAACCUAUUUAGAUCUUUUGGUAACAAAGGUAGGACCCGCAUUGGAAGACGUUGCAAGAGAAAAUCAGGAGAUCUGGUUCCAACAAGACGGCUGUCCUGCGCAUUUUGGUUUAAACGUUAGACAUUUUUUAAAUAAUUCAUUUCCAAAUCAUUGGAUUGGUAGAAGUGGUACCAUAAAUUGGCCAGCCAGAUCUCCAGAUUUGGCACCUUGCGACUUCUUCUUGUGGGGACACCUUAAAAGUAAAAUUUAUAAAAGACGCCACCCAGAUAUUAAUUCUUUGAGAGAAGCUAUAGUUACUGAAUGCGCGUUAAUUACUAACAGGGAGUUAGCGAAUGUGCGAAAUAGUUUUUACAACCGACUGGGAUAUUGCUUAGCUCAAAACGGGGGGUUAUUUGAAUAUUUACUUUAAUUUGUUUUUCCUUACUAGUAUUUUUGUGUAUUUUUAAUAAAAAUCGUUCGAAGCC